AUGGCGACCAGUUUUAUGACGGAUAGGUCUAACGAAGCGAAGAAUCGCGAACUAAUUCAACAAUAUCUGAACAUCCUCGAUGACUCGACAGAAGGCAAGGUCUACGUACAGAAGGUCGAGGACAUGAUCAACAAUGAUUGCCCGCGAAUGAUAGUCAACUUGAAUGACAUCCGGAAAAAGUCAUCUGAAAGAGCUUCUGGCUUGAUCCACAAUUUCGUGGAAGAGAUCAUCUGUUUGGAACAAGCAGCAAAGGAAAUCGUAGGACGGGCUAGUCCCGAAUUCACCAAGAACCAUGAUGUUCAAGUUGGUUUCGAAGGCAGUUUCGGAGAUCGUCAUGUGAACCCUCGGUCACUGAAAUCGACAUUCCUGGGCAAUCUGGUUUGCUGCGAAGGAAUUCCGGCUAACAAGAAGAUUUGGAAAAACGAUACAGUCGACCUGAAUUUAACAUUCAUUAUGAGCUACCUUUCCAAGCCAGUAAUGUUUACACCAACUGAGGACGAAAAUAAGAAUCCCCUAGAGACUGAGUUUGGAUUGAGCACGUACAAGGAUCACCAGUCUUUUUCCGUCCAGGAAUUGCCGGAAUGCGCACCUGCCGGCCAGCUCCCUCGCUCAGUGGACGUAAUUGCGGACAACGACCUCGCAGAUUUGGUCAACCCUGGCGAUCGUGUUCGUGUUAUCGGUCUGUAUCGUGUACUUCCCAACAAGCAGAAUGGAUUCUCCAACGGCUCUUUUAGGUCCAUUGUUAUCUCUAACAAUAUUCAAUUACUUUCCAAGGAAACGUCCUUGGACUUUGACCCAGAAGAUGUCAGAAAUAUCCGUAAGCUGAGCAAGAAGAAGGACGUGUUUGAACUGAUCGCUCAUUCUCUGGCCCCAUCGAUUUGUGGUCACGAUGAGGUAAAAAAGGCAAUUUUGUGCCUUCUGCUUGGAGGAUGCGAAAAGAUUCUGGACAAUGGAAGUCGACUUAGAGGAGACAUCAAUGUUUUGUUGAUCGGAGACCCUUCCGUCGCGAAGUCUCAGCUGCUCAGGUACGUGCUUCAAACAGCUCCCCGUGCCAUUGCUACGACCGGACGAGGAUCUUCUGGAGUAGGUCUAACUGCUGCUGUCACAACAGACUCAGACACGGGAGAACGAAGAUUGGAAGCAGGAGCCAUGGUGUUGGCUGACAGAGGGGUUGUCUGCAUCGACGAGUUUGAUAAGAUGACCGACGUGGAUCGGACGGCUAUUCAUGAAGUUAUGGAGCAAGGACGUGUUACCAUUGCAAAAGCUGGAAUUCAUGCAAAACUGAAUGCCCGGUGCUCUGUUCUGGCUGCAGCGAAUCCUGUUUAUGGAAGGUUUGUCUCUGUUCUUUGCUGA